CCAAUCAGUGCGCGGCCGGGCUGCUCUGGCUGAAGAGGGGAGACACGUCUGAGGAGGUCAAGGCAGAGACACCGCAAAGCGGGGACGGACGAGGCGGCCAUGAGCAAACAUCCAUACGCUGUGGUGAGAAGUUGGAACGAAUAUUGAGUGGGUGUCGCUGGAGUUGCCCCAAGCAGGAACAGGAAGAGAGUUGAUCUGUUCGCAACUGGUCAGCUGCAUUGCUGAAAGCACAGCGCUUUUCUUCCUUGAGUGAGAGAAUCCAAAGGCAUUCACUGCUUUAUCGUGUUCCUCGAGAGCCCCAAUGGACCAUGCUGAGCAUCACGAGGCCCACAUGGCGCAUAUGGACCAUAACAUGAAUGGCUCGGCAAGCCCUACCAUGGAUCCUCACGCCCACCAUCACACCACCAAGGGCCCAGGACACAUGCAUGGGGGAAUGAUGGAUAUGACCUUCCACUUCAGCUACCAUAAUGUGCCCUUGCUGUUUUCCGGGCUCAUCAUCAAUACAGCUGGAGAAAUGGCUGGAGCCUUUGUGGCCAUUUUCUUCCUGGCCAUGUUCUACGAGGGCUUGAAGAUUGCCCGGGAAAGUCUCCUUCGGAAGUCACAAGUCAGCAUCCGUUACAACUCCAUGCCAGUCCCGGGGCCAAAUGGGACCAUCUUGAUGGAGACGCACAAGACAGUCGGGCAACAGAUGCUAAGCUUCCCUCACCUCUUCCAGACGAUCCUGCACAUCAUCCAAGUAGUGGUCAGCUACUUCCUGAUGCUCAUCUUCAUGACGUACAACGCUUACCUCUGCAUCGCCGUGGCCGCGGGCGCAGGGGCGGGCUAUUUCUUCUUCAGCUGGAAAAAGGCCGUGGUGGUGGACAUCACAGAGCAUUGCCACUAACGCGGAGUUCUCUCUGCCGUCCCCCACAGCCUUCUCAAAGGACCAGGUUUACCAGGAACAUGCCAAGGAAAGCCAUGGGGUGCCCUCCGGUUUCCAGAGGGUCGUCCCUGUGCCUCUUGCUCCUCUCCCCACAUUUCCCCCCUCCCCCAAAGUUUGGGUGGGGAGGCGCCUGAGCCCUGCGUAAAGAGUUGGCAGCCAGCUCAGGCAACCUACUUAGAAUGAUUGAUUGAUAGACCAGAUUGCAUUUUUGGCGGGGCUUCGUUUUAGAGCGUACCAUGAUUUAAAGGAGCUGCCGGGCUGACCCAGGCAAUUCCAUGAUGUGUUUGUAUAUAGCAGCCUAUGUUUCUGGGAGGGUGCAGCGAAUACAGACCCCCGGUCUUCAUUCAAAAGCAGUGGGCACACAACCACUCAGGCCAGUACGUUUGAGCAGUUAUCUUCAAAAGUCAGCUGUGCUUUGCGUCCU